AUGUAUUGCCUUCAAUGGUUGAUUCCGGUCUUGCUAAUUCCGAAGCACUGGAUUCAUCCGAUGUUCCUAGUCGAACAAGCACUUUUCAUGUGGUUCUACAUUGUAGGAUUUUUUCUCGAAAGAAGACCAUGUCACAUCUGCUCUGGAAUCUUCUUCAUUGCUUUAGCAUUAAUUUGCUAUUCUGAUCCAGAUAGUUGCAUUUUCUGGCCAACGUGCACCAAGAUGCUCAACGGCGAAAUAUGCAGCUACGUGUACCGCGAGCGGAUACAAGAUUAG